AUGGAGAUUUGCAGCCUUAGACACAUUUUCUAUAUUGUUCUUCUCACAGCAGGACAGUGUAAGACGACCAUGAGUACAGAAGUGACACUGAAAAUGGAUGAAGCAUUAUUAACAGUCCGUAAUCAGAUGUCCUAUGGGCUUCAACUUCUCUACACCUCAGAUUACUGCUAUAAGUGUCUGUACCAACCUUUGGCUAGCAUGGAAGUUGGACCAGGAAAUGUGUCUGUGGUCCUAAGCACACCUUUCACGCUAACUUUGAAAGCCUCACCUAUGAAUGCUACUUACACUUUGUGCAGCUUAAGCUAUCAAUUUGAAGAGGCGGGACAUUAUUCUCUUUGGGUCACACCUGGAGAUGCCCUUACCGUGACCUGCUGUAUUUCUCUGGAUAAAUUUCCACAUACCACCUACCAACCUUUGUGGGUAGCUGCUCUUGUUCUAGUCCUUUUGGCUUGUAUUUGGGCCUCUGUACCAUUUCUGUCCAGAUGUAGCUGCACAUUAAGGCUCAAAAAGCUCAUUUGCUGUUGUGGAGCUAAAUUCUCUAUGGAAAGGGAAGAGGCCACAAAUGGAGCUAGCAUGGACCAAAGCCAACCAAAAUCAUCCCGUUUAAAAUCAUUAGACACAUUUCGAGGCUUCUCUAUAACCCUCAUGGUGUUUGUGAACUAUGGAGGUGGAGGAUACUGGUUCUUUCAGCAUGCACCAUGGAAUGGCCUUACCAUAGCCGAUCUUGUGAUGCCCUGGUUUGUUUUCAUCAUAGGGACAUCUGUAAUGUUAGCAUUUAAUUCCAUGCGAAGGAAAGGUGUGACAAGGCUCCAACUUUUGCGCAAACUGAGCUGGAGGACAGUGGUGCUGAUGCUCAUUGGAUUCUGCUUUAUCAACUACAGCCCCAGAGAUGGUUUAUUGUCAUGGUCCUGGCUUCGGAUACCUGGAGUACUUCAGCGUCUGGCUUUCACCUACUUCAUCCUUUCACUGAUGCAGAUGUUCUCUCCUUACCAAGAGAUCCCACCAAGUCAGGUCCACUGGUGGAGCCCUGUUCAGGAUGUGGUGCUCUACUGGCCUGAGUGGAUUUUCAUUUUGCUGCUAGAGACAGUGUGGCUGUGUGUCACCUUCCUGCUGCCUGUGCCCAACUGCCCUACUGGGUAUUUAGGAGCUGGAGGUAUAGGAGAUAAUGGUCUGUACCCAAACUGCACAGGAGGAGCUGCUGCAUAUAUAGAUAGAUGGUUAUUAGGACACAAUAUCUACUGGCAUCCAACAUGCAAGGCUUUGUAUCAAACAACUCAGCCAUUUGACCCAGAAGGAGUCCUAGGUACUAUUAAUUCUAUUGUCAUGGGAUUCAUUGGGAUGCAAGCAGGAAAGAUUUUCCUUUUCUACCGCAAAUUGAACAAGAAGAUCAUCAUACGAUUCACAAUCUGGGCUGUCAUCCUGGGAAUCUUGGCGGCCAUCCUUUCUAAGUGCACACGAGACUCUGGAUUUAUACCUGUCAAUAAAAACCUUUGGUCUCUGUCCUAUGUGGCCUGCAUGGGAUCCAUGUCCUUUGUGUUGCUGGGUAUGAUGUAUUUUGUUGUGGACAUCAAGGGAUGGUGGGGUGGCCAACCUUUCAUUUAUCCUGGAAUGAACUCCAUCCUGGUAUAUGUGGGCCAUUCUCUGCUGGGCUUUUACUUUCCUUUCAGCUGGGAGAUGCGCUAUCAGGACAGUCACUGGGAGCCACUAUUCAGGAGCCUGUGGGGAACUGCACUCUGGAUCUUCAUCUCUUAUUUGCUCUACCGCAAACAAUUUUUCCUCAAAAUUUAAGUCUUACGUCUUAUGUGUGAUUGUGAAUAGCAAGCAUUCAAAUUGGGAAGAUGAGCCAACUUCCACAUAUUGUCUUUACUUGAAAUUUAUUGCUUGUCUGUUAUCUGUGAUGUAUUAGCUUAAUCCACAAACUGAAUGUAGAAUAUUCCAGUUCUCAAUUAGUAAAUAGGUAUCUGUGCUAAAAACCUGCCUGUCUGAUUUACUGUCUUCUGCGGACACCUGGGAUUUUUUAUUUGUUGUCAGUUGCAUAAGACUCUGAAUGUAGUGAUUAAAUCAACGGAGCUGAAGUAGUACUUAACAAAUUAGAAUAAGUGAUUCUGCCACUUCAGGGGUGACCAUUUUGAAGCGGUUGCCAUAGUCACCCCCCUUCAGGGCUGUAAGACAGAGAGUGAAUACCAUCUGCUCUUCAGCUGACAGUGUUUUAAUAGGGGUCAAGCUGGACUGCUCACCAAGGAGUAGCUCUAAUAAGGGCAACACUUUUCAGACUCACUAAUGCAAAAUCAGGGAAAUUACACUGCUGGAUGUAAGGUUUGUUGACAAGUAGACCUUCAUCAAAUAAGGCAAAGUCAGUACAAGCUUCAUUUAUUAACUGAUAAAAGAAAUUUGAAUAAUAGAUGUUUAACAGCAUCUCCAACCUCUCUCCCAGCUGUGAGUGGUUAUCAAGGGAGUGCUAGUCGGAAUGAAAAGAUUUAAUUUCUCUGCAUGGGAGUUCUUAGAAGCAGCUUUUACAUGGAACACUCUCAAAAGUCCUCUUAUUAACAAACUGCAUUAUGUCUGGUCUCAUGAAAAAAGGAGGAAGUUACUGAACAGACACUACAUGAUGGGACUAUCCAGGGCCAUAUUUUUUUAUAGUGCGCUUAUUCUGAAAAGGUUAAAUCCUUUGAAUUAUCUUUCUCUUCUGAAAUGAAAAUUCAAUCAAAGUCUUUCUUCUCUAUCAGUUUAGGAGAAAGCUUUUCAUUUGGGGCUGAUCAAAUUAUAGUAGUCCUAAGAUGGAAGUUGAUUAAAUAAAAUGGGAAAUGGACUAAUAUACAUUGAUAUACUGCAGAUCAUAGCAGGAAUGUAUUUCUUAUUAUCUGUAAUUUUAGCUACUAUGACAAGAACGGAAAUCUGAAAAUUAUAUGUUCUAAAAACGUAAUUGUUUUGUUUAUUAGGAUUAGAAAAUAAAUGGAACCAGAUAUACUAUUAGCUUUACUGUUGAAGCAUAUUCAAACAUACUGUCACUAGUUACAUAUGUAGUUGUGGUUCUAAGAACACAGAAAACUGGUGUAAAUAUUAUACCUUGUAAUACACCGCUUCUUCUCUGUGCAGACAUGCCAGCAAUGCCCAGGUAAAUGCAAUGCAGGCUUCCUGGAAAAGCAUGCCAUUGAAUGAUACUUAUGAGGAUGAGACACUCUUUGUAGAGUA